AUGGACUAUGAUGUCGACGAGGCUAUGGACAGGUUGGACUUUGGACUUUUCUCCCCGAACGCUUCGUUUGGCGAGAUACUGUACCAGUGCCUGCCCGUCGCAUGGGUGGCUGUCGUCUCGCUGUGGCCUGGGCUGUUGUCCAGCUUCCUGCGCAUGAUUUGGUGUGUCCCCAUCCGGGAGGAGGAUGUCGUCAGCCUUCGCCUCGUCCCGAAUCCGGAUGUGGUCUGCUGGUCCAGUGAGCACUUCCCCUCCGCCGCACUGGCCGUUGCUGGCCUCGUGGUGUGGUGCCUGGGCAUUCCACUGGUUUUGGCUGCAAAGCUGAGUAUGGAAGAUCGCGCGUCUCCGGACAAGCACAGGCAGUUCGGCUACUUUUACCAGGGCCUCGAGCUACGCUACUGGUGGUGGGACAUACUUGUGAAGAGGGCGGACGUCCUCUUAAUGAUGCUCGUCACCUACACCUCCGUCGUCCGUGAGCCGGAAGCCAAGGUACUGCUCUUUCCGCUCCUCUCAGGCCUCCAGGCCUUGCUGGCUGCAUGGGUCAAGCCCUAUGCGAACGACCAGGCUCAGGUCCUGGACGUUGUGGAGGUGAUGCUCUCCACAAUCCGCUUCCUGCUUUUCGGCGCUGUGGCUGCGAUGCUCAUUUUGAACACCGAUUCCUUCACCACCCGCAUAGUUGCUUACAUACUCUUCUUGGUACUUCUGCUGGCGUGCGCCUACUUCUUCGCGCACCUUGCUUCUCAGAUGCUGCGGGAUGCAGUCGUGGCCCCGCCCAAGCGAGCAAAGUCGUUGGCGAGGAGAUGGCUGGCUGCGGCGCAACGCUUUGCUCUCAACCUUUUCCUGCCUCUUUUGAGAGGGGAGGCCGAGGAGGAGAUGUUGAGGCUCACAUGGUCUUUUGGAGCCAAUCACGUCACAACUAGGAAGCGCCCUCGAAGCUUCAGAAAAUCAUUCCAGAAUGUGGGCUCCAACAUGAAGCUUGGUCUUCAGCUGGUGCGAGAUACAGUACUUCGCACGGGGCCGCAGUUCCAGCAUUUGGUGCUCUACAACGCCAACGACGAGUUCGUAGCUUUCUGGCUGCAGCAGCUGAAUCAGGAUGAACUACCUGGUCCUGGAGUCAUAUGCUCCUUGGCCACGGCUCAUGCGAGCCUUCCGAGCCUGAUCGCCAGAUAUCGCAUCGGCGGCUUGUGGAUGCAGCAGCUGAAUGCCUUGACAAGUCAAGAAGGGCCCUUCACCUGCACUCCGCCAGACCUGCAGCGGGCCAUUCGGCGCAUGAGCCAGAUGCCGCAAGCCGAUGCCGUGGAGUUGGUACAGCAUGCCAUGGGCCUUUUUGCAGAAGCUUUCGUCGACGACCACUUCGAACUGUGA